CCGCCCGAUAUAAUUCGACUAUUGAUGUGAUUUCUCUCCCCUCACUGAAAACCCGAUCGAUUUUACCUAUCCAUCCUUUUCUUCCCCCUGCAACCCGGUAUAUCAUAACUUCAUAAGAACGUAAUGCCAAUCGACGCCCACUCGGCUUACCCACAAUGCGGAGUAGCCGACUGAGUUUUUUGUUGGUUUUUGCUACUUCUUUUCAACUGCUUACUGUGCCCGUAACCAUUCCUCAAUCUAGUGGUUCGCAUCUUACUUGGUAUGGUCCCGUCGUAUGUAUGUGUGCAGUAAGUAUACUUCCUACAUACAGUAAUGGAUGCCUCAAGUCCAUACAAACGCAUACCACACAGACACACCAUUCACCCAUCUAUUGGCAGCGGUCGCGUCCCAGAGGCUCUCUCCCCCUCCUAUUGCCGUCAUCGACUACUCCGACUGGCUCCGUAACCAGACACGACCCUGGCCAUUUGAACAACACCAACAUCUCGCGUUGUGUGUCUCCUCCACGGAUCAUUCUUGUCCAGUCGCCAUUGCCCCUCUCCCUGAAGCCUAUCGUGCCGAUCAACAAUCAGCGACCGCUUGCAUCGACCACUUUCUUCUAAUUGAUGUCUUUGCUCUGGAUAGCAACCAGGAUGUAAAAGAGAAGCAAAAAAAAACCCCCCCGGAUCCCGAGGUAUAUGGAAAUCACAAGCGUCGAUACUUCGUAGAUUCUUAGAAAUGCCAAUGAACCACAGUGAGGAAAAGUCGGGUUAAGCAAGAAACUCUUGCGUGCUCGCUGCGCCGCUUACCAGUGCAGAAUCCAUCAAAGUACAACAACUCCAUGUCAUCAUCACCUUGAUAGCAAUC